AUGAUGAGGUUACCGAGGGACAGUGGCCAGUGGGAACGGAACAGAAAUACAAGAAAUCAUUGGAAGUGCCGACGCGGCACGCGCAUCACAGGCACUGACAAGUCCAACAGUACUGGUACACUGCUCACUGAAAGCACGCCCUACCACUGGGCCAAAAUGUCUUCGAGCAACUGCCCAACGCGGACGUCUGCUCUCCCCAACGCGGUCACUGCACUCUCCUUCCUCAAAUUGUCACUGGUAACCCGUGCGCACUUAGUUGCGUUUACAGGCUCGUCGGACCCAGCGUUUAGUACGUCACACAAUCUUUUUGGUGAAUUUCUAACGCGUUUGAUGAACUUGAUGAACGAGUCGUUCGAGCCGAAGAAGAUUGAUAGCACCGUUGAGGGCUGUGGUCAGCGUCGCCGUAAUGUCGCCAAUAUUCAUGCUGCACAAAUAUGCCGACGAUACGAUCAGGAUUAUUCGAUGACGACUCGGGGGCUCGCUCACAUCAGCUGCAAGUCUGGGCAAUGUCAUGAAAGCUCUGACAAUCGCGCAAAGAUCCCUAUCUCAGAUGACGAAGGUGAGGAAAACGAGGGUCACCCUAAAUACAGACCUGUAACAGCUAGUACCUGCGCCUAUUUUACAUACCAUAAAAGCCGUGGCUCGAGGGCCCGGCUCGGGCUUGCAGAUCCUUCGAGCCGGACCUUGCACAUCACUAACUAUGCGGAUAUCAGCAAGAAUAUAUCGGUCCGUGAACGGGACCUACAAGCUUGGCAAUCAUCUGCUGCUGCAGCCUCUCCGCCUCCGACAGCGACGCAUCGCGAGAUUGCUAGAGAUGAGGCAGAAACAUGUGUCCCGGAAGUCACGGAUUGCAAACCUUUGUACCAGCAGGCUAUUAGUAUUACAAGGCGCAAGGGCCAUCUGGGAUCUAUCGGAGGCAUAUUCUAUGUUCAAGCUUAUAACAAGACUACAAAACUGCGUCGUAGACAAUAUAUUCCAUAUGUGAAAGCAGAAAUACGACUCACUGCCACAUUACCAGCUGACGCAAAAAAAGAGGAACUAUCACGUCGUCGCCGUCAUGCACGCAAAAGGCAGGACAGUUCUCACUGGCAGCCUUACUGGCAGAUAUUAAUGCUGUCAAAGCAGCAACGACAGUGA